AGGGUGGAAAAUUACCGUGAUUCCCAAAGAUGAUUCCUGGACCAUGGGAUCGGCUCCGAAAGGCGUCCCUGUGCAAGAGGGCGAAUAUUUGUUUGGCCUUCCGGGUUGGUUUUGCCGGUACCGUGGCUAUUAUUUGGCUUUCCGGAUGGGUUUUCUUGGUUCCGUGGCUAUCUGGAAGGUGUCCCUGUGCAAAAGGGAGGAUGCUUUUUGGCCGCCUGAAUGAAUUUUGCCGGUUUCGUGGCCAUCCGGAUGGCCAAAAAGCAUCAUCCCUCUUGCGCAGGGAAGCCUUCCGGAUGGCCACGGAACCGACAAAAACAUCCGGAAGGCCAGAAAACAUCCCCCCUUUUGGCCAGGAGGGAAAUGUUAUCCUGUUAAAUUUCAUAAACCUUAACCUUAAACUAUUUUUUUAAUCACCCGCAGCACUAUUUUACGGUACCUGGUCCCCCGACAACGACCAACCAAACGGCGGCGGACGUGGUACAGAGGACGCUUUUAGAAACCUUAAAAAAGCCAUCCGCUUCGUGGUCAUGGUCUCGUCAGAGAUCCUCAAGACGAACGUUGAAUACAUUAAGAUUGCCGGGUGGAUCGGCUAUCAACAACUUCGCCAACGACGAGCUCAUAAUGACGCACGCAGGUGCAGAUCGUCUGGGCCGCUUGGGACAAGGUGUCCGAGAAUCCAAAAAUGUUCAACCGAUCGCUCACCCCCAAUCCGUCGUUGUUCUCCCCGGAGUACAUCGUCAUCGACGGAGGUUACUCGACACAUCUGUCGAAGCAAGUUAGCCAGACCAUGCUGGGCAGUGAAGUAGCAGAUACAACGCAACUAACCCGAACGCGGUCACCGAAACUCAUCUGGACAUCUUCAAAGCUGGUGCCGAUUACAUCGUGAUCAACACGUACCUCCAUCGAAUGACCAUCUCGUGUCAAAAGGAAGCGGAAGUCCGGCUGAAACAUCCAACGGGUUUCUUUGAGAUUUCCAGUGCAAAAAUGGCGACAACACAUGUACAAUAUGUUGCGUCAACAUGAAAUAAAGUCAAUAAAUUUAGUUAUACAUUUUGUAAAUCAUAACCUUACGAAAAAUACAGUCAAAAAUUGUGAAUCUAUUUGCUCAGACUAAGCCUUUUCAUUCGAGACAGCAUCAUCUUAUGGGUUUUGAACAUCCUCCGGUUCCGGUUCCUUCUGCGAACCUUUCCCGUCCUUUGCUGCACUUUUCUCCUCUCCAACCUUUGUCUCAACCUCUUUAGCAGUAACCUUCUCACCAGACUACUUCCCGUUAGGUGAUGACGCUCUUGCGUUCCAGUCUGUUGUUUAAUCGCCAGUUGAAGAUGAUCACGAACGUUUUUGCUUCCUUCACAAAAAAUCGAUCAAACAGAGAGCCGGCGUCGUCAAUAGUAUUCCUUCCAUCGUCGGCAUAUUCGUUCAGCAACCCAUACGCGUCCUCGGUGCGGUCCCGCUCGGGCAUGAUGUACAUUACCGGGAAUCCGCGCUAGCCCGCCUCCAGAUAAUCCGCCACUUUGGAAUAAAAGUUGUGCGCAUGCAGUGCUGCUGGGGGGCUAUCGAAACACUUGUUUAUAACCGUUAAAUAAUAUUUUUACCGAAAACUUUAAAAAACGAUAGAUUAAAAAAUGUAGUAUGUGCGCUAACAGCACGAUAGGCGGAUAAGAUAAUUUACCAUGUCAAAUUAUCCUCUGCGCCAAAGUAAACAAUAAUGAUUGUUUACAUUGGCGCAUUGGUUAAUUUGGCAUCGUAAAUUAUCCUACCCGCCACCCAUCUCACAGAAGGCUCAUUGGGAAAUAAC